AUGGGUUGUGCUUAUCUCAGCAUGCCAAGUUUCUUGAAGGCAAUGUUUCUUGUGUUAUGUUCUCUGUCAAUAUUGCCAGAGCUAACACAAGCAAAGCAUGCUAGAAUGACAAGGCACUACAAGUUUAACAUCAAAUUGCAAAAUAUCACAAGGCUUUGCCAAACAAAGAGCAUUGUAACUGUCAAUGGACAAUUUCCUGGUCCUAGAAUCAUAGCAAGAGAAGGGGAUAGACUUGUAAUUAAAGUAGUUAACCAUGUUCAGUACAAUGUGACCAUUCAUUGGCAUGGAAUUCGCCAACUGAAAAGUGGUUGGGCAGAUGGACCUGCCUACAUCACACAGUGUCCAAUUCAGACAGGCCAAACUUAUGUCUACAACUUCACAGUUAUUGGCCAAAGAGGAACACUGUGGUGGCAUGCACAUAUCUCAUGGCUUAGAGCAACUGUUCAUGGUCCUAUUGUCAUUCUUCCCAAAAGGCAUGUCCCUUACCCAUUCACUCAACCCUUCAAAGAAGUCCCCAUCGUAUUGGGAGAUUGGUGGAAAGCAGACACAGAAACUGUUAUAAACCAAGCAAUGCAAACAGGAUCUGCACCAAAUAUCUCAGAUGCUCACACCAUCAAUGGUCUUCCAGGUCCUCUCUACAAUUGCUCAGCCAAAGAUACCUUCAAGCUCAAGGUGAAACCUGGAAAGACUUAUCUGCUUCGUCUUAUCAAUGCUGCACUUAAUGAUGAGAUGUUCUUUAGCAUUGCCAACCACACACUCACUGUUGUUGAAGCUGAUGCUGUGUAUGUAAAGCCCUUCAGCACAAGCAUUGUUCUGAUCACACCAGGGCAAACCACCAAUGUCCUUCUCAAGACCAAAUCAAAGGCUCCAAAAGCCACAUUUGUCAUAGCUGCCAGGUCCUAUGCUACAGGGCCAGCUUCUUUUGACAAUACCACAACCACUGGGUUGCUUGAGUAUAAGAAAACUUCACUGUCAAAUAAACUAAACAAUCAUAAGCUUCCUCUUCUUAGACCAGUGCUUCCCAAAUUCAAUGACACAGUCUUUGCUGAUAACUUCAACAAGAAAAUCCGUAGCUUGGCCAAUUCAAGAUUCCCAGCAAAAGUUCCAAAAACUGUUGACAAACACUUUUUCUUCACAGUUGGCUUAGGAAUCAGCACAUGCUCACAAAACCAAGCAUGCCAAGGGCCUAAUAACACAAGGGUAGCUGCUACCAUUAACAAUGUGUCCUUUGUGAUGCCAAACAUUGCUUUACUCCAAGCUCACUUCUUCAACCAAUCAAAAGGAGUAUACACCACUGAUUUUCCUUCUAACCCACCUUUCAAAUUCAACUACACUGGCACCCCACCAAACAACAUCAUGGUAACUAGUGGGACUAAGGUAGUGCUGUUGCCAUUCAACACCACUGUGGAGUUGAUCCUUCAGGACACAAGCAUUAUUGGAGCUGAGAGUCAUCCACUUCAUCUUCAUGGCUUUAACUUCUUUAUUGUUGGCCAAGGCAAUGGAAAUUUUGACCCCAAAAAGGACCCCACAAAGUUCAAUCUGGUUGACCCUGCUGAGAGAAACACUGCUGGUGUGCCAUCUGGAGGGUGGAUUGCUUUGCGCUUCCUUGCAGAUAACCCAGGUGUUUGGUUCAUGCACUGCCACCUUGAAGUGCAUACCAGUUGGGGUUUGAAAAUGGCAUGGAUAGUACAAGAUGGAAAACGACGCAAUCAGAAGCUGCCACCUCCACCCUCUGAUCUUCCCAAAUGUUGA